AUGGCAGAUGCCAUCAUCUCGGCCAUCAUCGGUGAUGUGGUCAGUAGAGCGGUUUCUCUUCUCAUUGGGAGUUUCAGUAACCAGGAGAGCACUGAAGACAAGCUGCAAAGACUGAGGCAUCUGCUCAUCAGAAUCCACAGCGUGGUAGAGGAAGCAAAAGGGCGACAGAUCUCCAACCACGGCACCCUCCAGUGGCUCUCGGAGCUCAUCGACGGCGAGUACCUGGGCAGCUAUUUGCUCGAUUCCGUCGGGUGCGGCGGUUGCCAGCAGGAAGUUGACAGAGACGAUGAUGAUGAUAAGGUACUUCCCCAAGUUUCAACCUUGUCCUUGUUUAAUCCAGCAAAGCGUGUGAGGGUUGCGGCUGGCCGCACCAUGAGGCUGCACCACAAUGAUAUAGAUAUCAGUGUUGAUGAGAUUGAGAGGGUGCUCCAGAGACUGCAGGGCAUGUCUCAUGAUCUCAGGGAGUUCAUCCUGCUCUUGCAUGACUGCAAGCCCAUCCGCCGCCCUCUACCCACUAGCAUCUUCCGGGACGGGCAGAUGUUUGGUCGACAUGUCGAGAAACAGAGGAUCAUCAACUUUCUGCUGCACGAGGAUGAUGAUCAGGCAACUGCAGAAUUGAGUGUGCUACCUAUUGUUGGUGGCAGUGGAGUUGGGAAGACAACCCUUGUGCAGUACGCGUGCGAUGACGCAAGAGUGCGUAGCCACUUCCCGGUGAUCAUACUGUCCAGUUUUUCAUGUACUUAUGAUGUUAAAAAGAACGAAGGAACUUUUUCAGAUGACCCACUAGAGUUGGUCAAUGGUAAUACUUUUCGUGACAAGCACAAGAGGUGCCUGGUGAUAUUUGAGGACGUGGACAUGCACAAGAAGCAGAUGCUGGAGGAGUUCUUGCAAAGAUCAAGAUGUCGCAAGGUGGGGAUAAUCAAGAUGAUCAUCACGACAAACAAUCGGCAUGUCGCAAGCAUCAUCGGGACGGUGGAGCCAAUCAUGCUAAGGGCGCUGCCCUGCCCUGAGUACUGGUUCUUCUUCAAGGCCCACGCGUUCGCUGGAAGGGACGUCGAGGAUGACCCGAGGCUGAUCUCCGCGGGGAAAGCGGUAGCGAGGAAGCUGAACGGGUCAUUCUUUGGCGCCAAGAUCAUUGGAGGGGUCCUCAGGGAUCGCCCGGAUCCCAGGGUCUGGUGCAAGGUCCUGAGGAGCAGCAUCGGAGGGAUGUCUCCCCUUGGUGACGGCAUCAGUUACAUCUCGGACUUGGCUGAAAACUUGCUGCCCGGCCAUGUGGACAUGUGCAAGGUGACGCUCUCGAAGGACCCCUCCUUACCGUCUCAGACGACACAGCAGUUGGCUAUGUUCAAGGAUCUCCAUGGUGCUGUUCCUCAUGACAGCAUGUUGGCCUGCUGGGCAGAUGACGUCCGGUUUGCCAAAGUGUUGUUGUGCACGUCGGUUCUGCCGUUCUUUAAUCAUUACUAUAUUGCUCGUUGCUCUUGCACUUGCACCGGAGGACCAGAAAAUCGUUGUUCAAAGCUUGUAUUAUCUCAUGCUUGA